UCAUGUUAUCUAUCAGGCACGACCUCUGACAGUCUGACAACGAUCGGCGAUGGAAGCGGUUGCGGAACCUCGGCGCGUUCAAACCCUCGUGGAUGCGGGCAUAUCGCGGCUUCCUUCUCGAUACAUCCAGCCUCUGGAGCUCCGGCCCGACCCCCGCCGCUGCGGAAUCGACGUCGGUGGCAUUCCCGUUAUCGACCUUAGCCUCUCUGCAGGCGACCCCGUUCCAGCCAUCGCCUGCGCUUCCAGGGAUUGGGGCGCCUUCCAGGUGGUGAACCACGGGGUCUCCUCACGGCUCCUGGAGGAAAUGAAGUCUGUCGGGUCGUCUUUCUUUUCCUCCCCCAUGGAGGCAAAGCUCCGGUUUGCGUGCGACCCCCGGUCUCCAGCUUCUGAGGGGUAUGGAAGCCGCAUGCUCUCGAACGAUGAUGGAGUACUUGAUUGGAGGGAUUAUUUUGAUCAUCACACGCUACCGGUGUCUCGGCGGAACCCUAGCCGGUGGCCGGAUUUCCCAAUUAAUUACAGGGAUACUAUACUAGAAUAUAGUGAUGGCAUAAAGAAACUUGCUCAAACGUUGUUACAUAUGAUCUCCCAAAGUGUUGGUUUACCACCUUCUUAUAUUGAAGAUGCAGUUGGAGAAGUAUAUCAGAAUAUAACAGUCAGCUACUACCCUCCUUGUCCUCAGCCAGAACUUGCGCUUGGUUUGCAAUCCCAUUCUGAUAUGGGUGCCAUAACACUUCUGAUACAAGAUGAUGUGCCAGGACUUGAGGUACUUAAAGAUGAUGAAUGGGCAGUCGUGCAUCCUCUAUCUGGCGCUAUUGUUGUCAUUUUGUCUGACCAAACUGAGGUGAUAACUAACGGCCAAUACAAGAGUGCUGUCCAUCGGGCCAUCGUCAAUGAUCAUCGUCCCCGGUUAUCUGUUGCUGCAUUUUACGAUCCAUCAAAGACUAGGAAAAUAUAUCCUGCUCCACAGCUUGUGACAGAGAAUUCUCCACGCAAGUACCGGGAGGUUCUGUACGGUGAUUACGUCUCUUCUUGGUACAGCAAAGGUCCAGAAGGCAAGCGCAAUAUAGACGCUCUUUUAAUUUAAUUCAACAGUAGGGAAUCAGACUGCAAUACGAUUUAUCCAUGUAACAAUAAAUGCCUAACUACACCGAUACAGUGUGUGGUUGACUUUAUCUGCAUACCAAUCAGGAUUAUUGACGAAAUAUGGACAUUACAGGGCAAUCUGUCAUUUCUAAGCAACAUUAGAAAUAUUUGUUCUGAGCAAUGUGUGAUAUGUGGUAGUCUCCAGUUACA